CAGAGCAGCAGCGGAACCUUUUUUUGGUUCCAUUUACUGCAGCGUGUCGAGGGGAGUUUGGGCGGACAGGGUUUUUGGGUGCGCACUCGCCGGGUUCGUGUGGCGAUUUAAAGAAAGGAAUCGGGAAUUAUUUGAAAAGAGCUCCGCGUGACAAGUGACGCUUGUUUGCUUGUGUCCGCGAGCUUGUUCUCGGGGGGGGGAUACAACCGCUAGCGCUCGAGCGGGGCAGGAGAGUCAACAGCCGGUUCCCAACCAGCAUACAGCCGGCCUUGGACAUUUAUGCCGGAUUUAGAGCUACGAAAAGAGUACGCAUUUAAGUUGCUCUAUCACCUUUGUUUAAGUUGGUAAUGCAGUUUGUAUUUCUCUUGUGAAGAAAUAAGGGAAGGCUAGCAGAAGGCGUUGCAACACCUUUGUUCGUUUCUUCGAGCUGCCACCCUGUUCCUCCCUCCGAGUUGACGCUACUCGUUCCGAGGAAGGAAACAAAUGCAGGGACAGAAAAGGGAAUAGGGAUAAACAGAACUACCGACACGUAUACGGAUAAAGUACACAUGGAUUUAGUUAAUCCUUCUCAAAACCUUGAGCAGAAGUCCAGGAAGUUCCUGAAAAGUCUGACCCGUAAAGAACCGUGUGAAUUGCUAUUGGUGAUUGGAACUGGAGUGAGUGCUGCUGUUGCACCACAUAUACCUGCAUUGUGCUCAUGGCGAAGUUGUAUUGAAGCGGUAAUCAAUGCAGCAGAAGAUCUGGAGGUGCUUCAUCCUUCUGAUAUUACAGAGUUCCGUCAUAAACUAACAGAAGACCGUGACCUCCUUGUGCUCGCCCAUGAUCUGAUCCGGAAAAUGUCACCACGUACUGGAGAUACAAAGCCAAAUUUUUUCCAGGAUUGUCUAAUGGAAGUGUUUGAUAAUCUUAACUGUCACAUUCAGAAUCCCAUGCUCUUGGAUGCUAUUCUCCAAUUAAUGGAUAGGGGAACAAUGGUUCUCACCACAAAUUAUGAUAACCUGCUUGAAAUUUUUGGUCAACAGCAAGGCAAACCAAUGGAAUCCGUAGACUUGAAGUGCAAGGACAAGGUGGUUCAGUGGGCCAGAGGACUACAGAAAUACAGUGUCCUUCAUAUACAUGGACUAUUCACAGAUCCUUGUGGUCUGGUGUUGGAUCCAUCAGGAUACAAGGAUGUAAUGCAUGAUCAAGAUUUGAUGGAAGAAUUUCAGGACCUGUACCGUACCAAGUCAUUUGUAUUUUUGGGCUGUGGAGAAACUCUGCGUGAUCAGAUCUUCCAGGCACUAUUUUUGUAUUCUGUUCAAGACAAAGUGGACCUGGAGCACUUCAUGCUCGUGCGAAAGGAUAGCCAUGAUCAUUUCUUUAAGUUGCAGGCAGAGAUGCUGCUGCAUGGGAUUAAAAUAGUAUCCUACGGCGACCAAUUUGAAUGUAUGCCUCAGUAUUUCCAUGACUUGGUGGCACAGAUUUGCAGGAGGAGGAGCCCAGAUGGUUCUUCUGCAGAUAGUACAAGUCCAAUAUUAGGAACAUCUUGUUCGGAUUGUGUAAAGCGGAAACAAGAAGAAAAUGGUGAUGUAACUCAAAAAAGGAUCCGAAAAGCAAAUGAUACAGAUUUUGGAGGAUCAUAAAUUGUCCCAAUAAAGCACCUUCACCAACGUGCCAUAUCCCAAUCCAUGAUGUUGGAUGCAUCAAAAUGGGACUGAAAACUUUAUUCGUAUCAGCACAAGUUGAUGGGUACCACCGUAGAAUAAGAACAGUACUUUGUAACUAUUGAGCAGUUGUUACAACCAUUAAAUGCAAAUCAGUGGCUCUCUUGCCUUCAUGGACUUAACUAUUUAUUGUGGUACCUCGGGGGAGAAAAGUCUGGACAUUGCUGCUCUUUUAUCAAGUGUGACUUGGUGAGAAAACAUCCAGAUAUAGAACACAUUUGUUUGAAAUUUAUGUUUCCACUAAAAUAACUAUUUUAAAUGUAUGAAUAUUGGAUGUUUUGUUCACUGAAAAUCAUCUGUUCAAUGUGUUAUGUAAUAACUGAGGGAAAAUUAGCAUUUCGCAGCUGAAUCAGUAGGUGGGAGGAAGGCAGCUUGCCCUAUUGAAUUGUAUAUUCUGGUUGAUUGCAGAAGGGAAUGAAUAUGAUAAAGAAAUCUGGCAUACUAUUCUGCUCUGCUCACCAGAGUAUAAAUGUAUGAGCUUGUAAACUGUGCAUAAAAGAUUGAAAAAUACCAGGCCCUUAGUAUGGUCUAUUGUCUUUUUAAUGCAGAAGAUUUUUAAAUGCAAAUAGAUGUAGUCUAAGUAUUUAUCUUUUGGGGAGAGUAAUUUGCAGGAUGUUUUUCACGAUACAUUCAAAGUUCAAGUCCCACUCCAGGCGUCAAGUGUAAAAAUCAAACCACUCCAAAGCAGACCUAAUGGAGACAAUACUGCAGUAUCAAUAGUGCAGUCUUUUGGAUGAGAAAUUAAGGACCAAGGGGCCAACGGCUGGCUCGGAUAGAUGUUAAGGAUCUGAUGUAACUAUUUUGGAUAGAGAGGAGCGAUCUCUGGUGUCCUAGUUAGUGUUUAUUCUCAACAGAAUCACAAAACCAGAUUAUCUGAUCAUUCACAUUUGCUAUGUUAGCCGCUACCUUUCCUACAUUAAAUUAUACAACUAAUCAAAUCAUGCCAUUGAUUUACCAGAUAUUCCAGUGUUACAUGUAACAGGCGCUGUUUGUAUUGAAUCCAAGGUCGUCUUUAUCUUGACUGAUUGUAUGUGCCCUAUCCUUUAUCCUGUUUCUGGACAUCUGUGGUUCUUCAGUUCUACACUAUUUGUUGUUACUGAAAACAUUUCUGACUGAAAACUUUACGCCUAACUAACUAAAACUGAUUCAACUCCUUCAA